AUGACUCAGUCCAACGACCAGAAGAUCGCCGAGACCCAGGCCAACCUUCCUCUCCCCGACCAGCCCCCCAAGGCCUCUGACUUCAACUCCCUUGAUGCCAGCACCGUCAACGUUGGCUCUGGCAAGCAGGAGGGGCAUGUUGGCACCGAUGCCGCCGCUCAGUCUGGCCUCCGUGGGCCCGCCACUAAGGGCGAGGAGGUCGACCUGAGCAACGUCGGCCGUGAGGGUGUUGAGAAGCGUCAGCAAUAA